AUGGAAAAAAUAAGAGCGUGCGUCGCGGCGUGCGCGGUGCGUCCGCGGUGCGGAGCGGUGGUCGCGGCGUGCGCGCUCGCGGGGGGGUUCGGCGCGCUCUGGGGAAGGGUCGAGGUCGACGCGCUGAAGUUGUGGGUCGACGCGCGAGCGCGGGAGGAGGUAAAGACGUACGAAGACGCGUUCGGUGACUAUAGGACGCAGGCGUUCGUCGUGACGGCGAAGCGAGCGCCGACGUUGGCGUCGAGGGAGGCGUUCUUAGAACUCAAGGACUGGCACGACUGGAUGUACGGUUUGGAGGCGCCGUCCGCGGCGGGGUCGUACACCCUGCACGAUUUUUGCUACAAGUACGUCGAUUCCGAACCGCACACGCCGUGUUUUCAAAUAACGCCGUUGGAUUGUUUCGCGGAAGGUGCGGUGAGCGCGCCGGGAGGGGCUGAGAAGAACGAUGCGUUCGCGGCGUCGUACUCGGUUCGCCCGAGCGUGGCAUCAUUUGAUUUCGAGAAAGAUUUCAAUCAGUCUUUCGCUCGAGGGUGCAAACAAUGGUUCAAUCUCGCGACUCCCCCGAAAGUACUGUUUUCGGGAUUGCGAGAAGACGCGAACGGGUUAGAUGCGAUGCGCGUGGUGUUUCAAACGCGCGACGCCGCCUCGUUGGCCGCUCGCGGCGUGGUGCGAACGACUUUUACGCCGACGCAGGCGUCGGCGGUCGACGUGUUGGGCUGUCGCGCGGGGACGCCAUCGUUGGAAGAUUGCUCGUGCAUAGAAACGUUUAAUUUGUUUUCGGUGUUGGAAUACGGUUGCGUUCCGGAGGGCGACGCGGAGCAGCCACCCACGUGCUGCGAGUAUAUGGCGAGACUACGCGAGCAUCCGUGCGUCGAGACGUUGUGGAUGAGCGACGCUACGUUGUUCGCGCUCGGGAAUCAAGUGUUCACUACGUGCGGAAUAGCAAGAAUUUCGUUCGAUUCGCAGUGUGUGAGACUUCCGAACGGAGAAACGUUACGCAAGUCUUCGACGAGUGGAAUCGAAGACGAUUACUACGAAGACUUGAGCGCUUCAACGCCAGUGACAAACGUCUUCGAGUGUGGAUUCAAGCUACGUUCGCUGCAAACGAAAUGUCCAUUGAUCGCCGAGGGUAAUUACACGGCUGCGAGCGAGUGUUGUGCGAGCUUGGAGACUUUUGCCUUGUCGAAAUGUCACUGCGGGGAUCUUCACUGCGGAGGAAGAUCGAGACCGUGCGAGUCCCUCUUCGCUCGCGAUGACGUCGGACAAAUCGUACAGUUUUGUACGCUGAGCGGAUUCUCGACGCCUAGUUUCGAUGUUUGCGGUAGGAAUACGAGUGUUGUCACUCCACCGGCGAAGCGCGCGUCCAAAUCUGCGUCAACGGCAUCGACUUUGAUUUGGGUUCCCGCACACGAACGCCGCGAACUCUCGAAAGAGGACGCUGAAGAUUUACUGUUGGGUUGGGAAUCACUUUGGCUCUCGCAAAUCGACGCCAAAAUUGCGAAUUACGAGCACAUUUCAAUCGCUUACAUGUCACAACGAAGUACUGAGGAUAUCAUCGCCGCCGCGUCGAGGGGCGCCUUCGUGCUCCUCUUCAUUGGUUACUUCACCGUCGCCUUUUACGUCGUGACAUAUUUCCAUCUCAGCCCGAACGCUGCGUGUGGCCCUCGAGCAGCUGUCGAAGGCGUCUCUGUAGUCGCUUUAAGUACGUGGGCGUCUUUAGGAUUGAGUGCCGCGCUCUCGCGAAUCUCUGGCGUGACAUUUAACGCCAUCACGCUUCAAGUUUUGCCGUUCUUAUCGCUCGGCUUGGGCGUGAAUGAUUUCUUUGUGCUCGCGUCGCACGCCGCGGCGGCUACGGCAGAACUUGAAGAUUCAUUCGUUGACGGUGAUUCAAUAAGUUCUAAUGAAGACAUACUCGUUCGCACUUUACGCGAUGGUGGUACAUCGGUGACACUGUCCAGCGCGAUGAACUUUGCCGCGUUCUUGCUCGGCGCCAUUUCGCCGGUGCCCGCGGUGAGAAACUUUGGUAUCCAAAUAGCGUGCGCAGUGGCAUGCAACUACAUCGUCGCGUUGUUGGUUUUCCCUGGCAUUCUGUAUCGACAUCUCGAGCGACGCAGCGCAUCUGAGGCGAGGAGGGUAUCAGAAGACGUCGAAUGCACGACACCGCUCCGUCGCGACUCUUCCUUUGCGAAGAUUUCAUCGGCGGUGUAUGAGCCGUUUGUGCGGUGGCGUGAGCGUUUGAUUGCUGCACCACGCGCAAGCACGGCGUUACGCCUUGCGGUGCUCGCCAUGUAUGGUGUCUUCGCCGUGUAUUUGAUCGCCGGCAUUCCAACAGUACGCCUUGGACUCGAAAUGCGGGACGUCAUACCGAGCGAUUCUUACAUGGCGCCGUUCGUGGCGGAGAUGGAGCAUCGAUUCGCCACGUAUCCUGUCUUCGUCUUCGUCUCGAAUGUCGAUUUUGCUCGGUACGCCGUGGCGUUGCGAGAACUCGAGCGCGACUUUCUCGACGUCGCGCACGUCGACGUAACGCACGGGUCAACCAACUUCAUGAUUUACUACACCGAAUACGCGGAAUCGAGAGUUGCGGGCGGGCAUUCGUGUUCGCUGAACGACACGCGUUGGUACUACGACGCCACGAGGGCGGCGGAACCUUACGAUUCGUGCGCUGCGGACGCGCUCGACGAGAAUCAAACGUUUACAUGCAUGGUAAAGUGCUUAGCACACGUACCUCAGACGCAAUCGAAGCGGUGCGAAUUCCACAAAGGCGCGAGCCGCGAGCGAAGUCGAUGCUACUGCCCUCAUCGACUGAUUUACAACGAAGACGCAUUCGUUCGCGAGUUCCCGGCUUUUCUCGCCGGCGGUCAGCGCGGCGAAAUUUCGCGCGCGUUCACAACACUCGGAAGCAACGCGUCAAUCGUCACGAGCGCCAGGCUGUUGUUUUACGUCGAAGACGUUUUCGACGUUGACGAUAAACUCGCGCACAUCCGCCAGGCUCGAAGCGCGUUGAAGAAUUCUGACAUCGUCGCGCGAGGAGGUGCCCGAGCCUUCCCAUUCGACGUAGCGCUGUAUGCGAUGAACGAACAGUACUUGAACAUCAAGUCAAACACGUGGCGAGCGCUCAUCAUAGGACUCGUGACGUCCACAAUCAUUAUGUUCGUUGCUUUUCGCGGCGACGUUCGAGCGACUAUGGUGGCCUCUGCGACGCUCGCGUUCACACAAGCUGAGCUCUUCGGCGCCAUGGGUCGGUUCAAUGUCAAGCUCAACGGCGCAUCCAUGGCGAACUUGAUCAUUUCGACCGGUGUCGUGAAUGAAUUCAUCGCUCACAUGUCCCGCGCGUUUUUCUCUUCCGACCGGCGCGCGGGCGCCGCCUUCGCAUCCAUCGCUCCCGCUUUGUUCAACGCUGGAGUGACCACGUUCCUUGGUGUCAUCCCGAGCGCGUUCGCGCGGUACGAGUACUUCCGCGUGUACUUUUUCAGUCAAUGGUGCGUGAUUUUGCUCUUCGCCGUGGCGAAUGGCGUCGUCUUUCUACCAAUAGCGCUCAGUCUCUUCGCGUGA